AUGUUUGACAACGGGGACCCGCGCGUCGGCCCUGUUGCCGCCCGCAUCGGCCCCGUCGCCGCCUGCAGCGGGCUCGUUGCCGCCCGCAGCGGCCCCGUCGCCGCGCGCAGCGGCCUUGUCGCCGCCCGCAGCGACCCCGUCGCCGCCCGCAUCGGCCCCGUCGCCGCCCGCAGCGGCCCCGUCGCCGCGCGCAGCGGCCUCGUCGCCGCCGGCAACGACCCCGUCCCCGCCCGCAUCGGCCCCUGUCGUCGCCGCCAGCGGCCCCGUCGCCGCCACUUGCGGCCCCGGCCCCGCCCGGGCCAUGCAUCGUCGUCAGCCGCGGCGCACCAGGGGCACGUGCACCGCCCCCCCCCCCCUCUUUUCCCGUCGCCUGUCGCGGCUCCUUCGGAGGCCGCGACGGGAGGGGCGACGUGGGGCUGCUUCUGA